UCAGGAGACAAGGUGGAAAUGUCUUCCUGGUUCCCUCUCUCUUCCCUCUGGCCCAGAGCAGCAGUUGGUGCUGAGGCGAGGGGCUCCCAGCUGAUGACAUAGUCAGGAGACAAGGUAGAACUGUCUUCCUGGUCCCCUCUCUCUUCACUCUGGCCCAGAGCAGCUGUUGGUACUGAGGGGCUCUCAAAUGAUGAGAAAGUCAGGAAACAAGGUGGAAAUAUCAUCCUGGUCCCCUCUCUCUUCAUUCUGGCCUAGAGCAGCAGUUGGUGCUGAGGGGAGGGGCUCCCAGCUGAUGACAUAGGCAGGAGACAAGGUGGAACUGUCUUCCUGGUCCCCUCCCUCUUCAUUCUAUCUCUUUCCCAUGUAAUCUCUCAGACCUACAGAGCUGAUUAUUUGCUCUAAUCUUUCAACUAAGAUUUUUGCUUCUUUUCGUAACAUCAGGUCCUUUCCCUUGAGAGUUUUCUGUUUCACUUCAUUUUUCUUCACUCGACCCCUUAUCUAAUGAUGUUGUUUCCGGCUCCCGUGUCUGCCCUUGGAGUUUGGCAGUGUUUGAGCCAAUUUCAUUUCCCUGGCCCGACUCUUCAACACUUUGAACCUGGCUGAUGACGUAGAUGGACACUGAUGGAGUACUUCCUCAUUUUUGCACACUGUUGGAAAGUUUUAUGGCGUCGUAAAUUAGUUAAAUUAGCCUCCCUGCAUAAGUGGUACCUAAACUUCCUACUUGACAGAUGCAAGUGUCUUUUGGGCUGCAAAAGUCGACAGUAAGCUAGACAAAUGGCCGGAAACUCACUCCGACAGGGCUGGCUUCGAACUCAUGACCUCUUGGUCAGUAGUGAUUUUAAUGCAGCUGAACCCCAACCAGCUGUGCCACAACUCAGUAAAAAGCCAAAAGAUUUACUUAGUGAAUGCAUCCUUUUCCCCUAUAACCAGUCAGGUGCUCAUAUCCCAGUCUUCUUUCACAGGUGCAGCCUUUUAUAUGAGUCUCACUGGGAUUAUGGCUAUAUGUAACAUCAUAAUGUGGCAUUACGUGCCGGAGAGUCCAAGGUUUCUGUUCAUUCAGAAGGAGGAUGAAAGUGCAGCACGGGAAGGUAGACCCUGAAGAAGCUGAGAGGUGAGAGUAAUUUGGAGGAAGAAUUGGAAGAGAUGCGCGUGGAGAGCAUCUGUGAAAGGGACAAAAAGCACCUGAAUGCAGUUAAGCUCCUAAGCUGCCGAGACCUCCAGAAACCCCUUCUCAGCGCAGUCUUGUUGAUGAUGGGGAAUCAAUUAACUGGGAUCAAUGGGGUGUAUGUCUAUGCAGAAAGAGUCUACACGAACAUGCGUUUCGAAGGCCGCCAUAUCCGUUUCUCACUCAUAGUGGUGAACGUCGUUAUGCACGUGGCACUCAUAAUAAUGACGAAUUUCAUCGAUUACAUGGGACGGCGGUUUCUGCUUCUCCUUGGCUUCAUGGUUUGUAGCAUAACUUGCAUCAUACUCGCUGUGACCCUCGAAUUUCAGGCCCAAUACAUGUCAGUCAUGCCUUAUUUCAGCUCGUUUGUGAUCAUCAUCUUCCUCAUUGGGCACAUGAUUGGGCCAGGUCCCAUCCCCUACUUGCUCACCGGAGAACUCUUCCUCCAGUCUUCCCGGGGCACAGCCUACAUGCUUUCAGGGUUUAUGAACUGGUUGACCAGGACACUUGUGUCAGUGAUCUUCAUCUUCCUGGAGCCGGAAAUUGGACCCUACAGCUUAGUCCUCUUCUGGCCAUUCUGUGUCGGCAUCUUUAUCUACGUUUUCAAGAAAGUCCCAGAAACCAAAGGCAGGACCUUUGUGGAGAUCUGGAAGGGCACCGGCUCCCCAAAGCGCAUGCAGAAGAAAUCGUCGCGCAAGAAAGACAAGUCGCAAUCAAAGAGGGUCAAAUAGGAACCCCUCCAAAUUCUGCGCAAAUUUUGGACUGCACCCCCUUGCAAAUUUACCGUCUUAUUAAAUGACCAAAUACAAACCGA